CAUGAAACUGCUGGAAAAAGAUCGCUCCUCAAAACAAAAGCAAAAAAGAGAGAAAGAGAGAGAGAGAGAGGCGACCAUGUGUGUGUGUGAAGAGAGAGGGAGGCGAGUAUCAGUGGGCGGCGCCAUUUUUGAGCUUCACUGAACAGCCAACAUGCGUGUUCUUGCUGCCAUCCUCGCGGUUGUUGCCGUGGCCUCGGCCACCGUCUACUUUGACGAGAAGUUUGACGCCGGUUGGGAAGACCGCUGGGUUCAGUCCGAGGCCAAGUCUGACUAUGGCAAGUUCAAGCUCUCGGCCGGCAAGUUCUACGCCGACGCUGAGGAUGAUCAGGGUAUUCAGACCAGCCAGGAUGCCAAGUUCUACGCUCUGGCUGCCAAGCACGAUGACUUCAACAACGAGGGCAAGGACAUGAUCGUUCAGUUUAUUGUCAAGCACGAGCAGAACAUUGACUGCGGUGGUGGCUACGUCAAGAUGUUCCCCGCCUCUCAGGACCCCGCCAAGAUGGACGGCGAGUCGCCCUACAACAUCAUGUUCGGUCCCGAUAUCUGCGGUCCAGGCACCCGCAAGGUCCACGUCAUCUUCGCCCACAACGGCGAGAACAAGCAGGUCAAGAAGACCAUUCCCUGCAAGUUCGACGAGCAAUCUCACCUCUACACCCUCAUUGUCCGCGCCGACAACACCUACGAGGUCCGCAUUGAUGGCGAGAAGGUUGAGUCUGGCAGCAUCGAGGAGGACUUUGACAUGCUGGCCCCCAAGGAGAUCAACGACCCCGCCGUCUCCAAGCCUGCCGACUGGGUUGAUGCCAAGCAGAUCCCUGACCCCACCGACGAGAAGCCCGCUGACUGGGACAAGCCCGAGACCAUUGCCGACCCUGAUGCUGAGAAGCCCGAGGACUGGGAUGAUGAGAUGGACGGCGAGUGGGAGGCUCCCAGCAUCCCCAACCCCGAGUACAAGGGCGAGUGGAGCCCCAAGAUGAUUGACAAUCCCGAGUACAAGGGCGAGUGGGUCCACCCCCGCAUCCCCAACCCCGACUACGUUGCUGAUGACAAGCUCUACCAGUACGACAGCUUUGGCGUCAUUGGCUUCGACCUCUGGCAAGUCAAGUCGGGCACCGUCUUCGACAACGUCCUCAUCACCGAUGAUAUUGCCGUUGCCGAGGCCGCUGCCGAGGCCUUCCAGACCCGCGUGGAGGGUGAGCUGGCCAUGCGCAAGGCUUACGAUGACAAGAAGGCUGAGGAGGCUGCUGCCGCCGCUGCCGCUGAGGCCGAGGCUGAGGAUGACGACGAGGAUACCAAGGAUGAGCUCUAAGCUUGUUCCCAAUUUUUUUUAAACUUCCGUUUCCCACCUGAUUUUUUUUUCAAAUUCAAACACGUAUCUGA